AUGCCUUACGGGCCUCUAUUAUAUCCGGCGAGUCCUCGCAUUGAACUUGACUUAGAUGAGCCAGAUCAAGUUGUAUAGCAUUAAUAAAGUAUUGGUUACGGUGUUUGGACAAAAUAUCAACCUUUUGCGUAGAUUUUAGACUUGAGUAUUAUUAUUAUUUAUUAUUUUUAGGAAACAGAGACUAGUAAAUAGAUGCUACUUUAAAUAAAUUAAAUAUCAUUUAAGGAGGCUAGUUUAUAUAUUCAAUGAAGCAAAAGGAGAACAGCUUUUAACUUUUAGUUGUUUCAUUAGUGGUUGAUUAAAUUGAAUAAAAAUUUCAAUACAGUAUCUACUAUUCCUUCUCUUAAUCAUCUGAUUUGAUUCAAUUCAACACAAAUACAAUAAUAGAAGGAUUAUGGAUUAUGUUUUAUGCUUAUUAUGAUAUGUAAUCAAAGGAAACAACAUUUGGACUUUACAAUAUUUGGGAACCAUUACAAACAUAAUAAAUAUAGGAUGUACCUAUAUUUGCGAGUAAAAUCAGACACAACAUUGGUGGGAUCUAUUCAUACAAAAACAUGAAUGGGAUGCUAGUGUAAUUAAAGUAAUUCAUAGGGUAGAUGUCAAAUUUGUUUACAUCAGAUAUUUAGAACAUUCUUUUAAAUUUAGAAUGGUGCGUUAAUUAAUUUAUUAAUUACGAUAUUUGCGAGAAUCAAGAAUACAAUAUAAGCCAAAAAAAUUAGCAUAUGAAUGGUUUUGAACUAAUAGAGAUGUCAACACAGCCUCUUAAUUUGCCAAUCUUUUUAAUUUAAGGGUGGGUAAAGCUUGACCUCCCAGAUGUGAACUUUCUAGAAACAAUAGUAUUGAGAAUAACCAUUAAUUACAAUUACAGUGAUGACUCUUAUAUUGGAGACAGAGAUGUUUUAUUGAAAUACUUUCAAAGUAGCAUUCCAGGAGAAAAUGGCUUUGAAAUUUCCACCUACAGUUAUUCAUUUCCAAUCAAAUCAAGAUAUAAGACUUAAGAAGAUGAUAAAAUUUAUGAAUAUGGUGAUUAGUAUUCUGCAAUGUUUGUAACUUGGCACUAUUUUUCAUAUGAAAUAGGCACAUUGAAUAAUGACGGGUAACCAUUAUUUACCCUCUAUUUUCCUUCCAUUAAUUAACACUACAAAUACACUUGGGGCAAACCAAUAAAGCACUUUACAGGAGGAACUUACUACGUAUAUAUUGGAGGUGACAAUUAUGCAAACUCAUACCUUCGCGGUUAUGUUAGUGAUAUCAUACUGUUUUAAUAUUGCUAGCCUUAAGCUUCUUUGGUUGUAGCAGGUUGUGAUUACUCAUGUCUAGAUUGUGAUGGUCCAACAUCUGUAAAUUGUCUGAGUUGCCAUGAGAGUAGUCAUAGAAUAUUUUCAAGAUCAGAACAAACUUGUAAUUGCCAGGAAGGAUAUGUAGAUGUAAAUGGAGAAUAUGAAUGUGUUUCAGUAGCACAAGCAUUUUCAUAUAUUAAUGAAUAAGAAAUUGAAUUGUAUUGCAAUUUAGAAGGUUACAUAAGAUGCGAAGGAUCAAAUGUUGAGUGUAACAUAGGGUAUUUCUUAUUUUAAAACUAAUGUGUUAAAUGGUAAUACUAUGUUUAUUUAUUCUAGUCCAGAGUAGAGCUCAUCAUAUAAUGAAGUUUAUGUCAGUUGUUUUGAUUGUAUUUCUAGUCCAAUUAAUUUUGGCUAAUCAUUAAAAUGUACUAUGGAUGCAACAACAUUUUACUUUAACUCACAAUACACAUAUGAGGUAGUCUUUAGAGAUGAGUACCACGUGAGUUUUUAUGAAAUGCAAAUGUAGGAUGACUAGACAUACAUCACUAAAUUAUGUGUUGGAUGUAUUGGGAAUUAAUUAUGUAAACCAGGGUACUAUUUUACAGGAGAAGAAUGUUCUCUUUGCAUUUAAUAUUGUUUCAUUUGCUUAAACUCGUUUUCAUGUGAAAGAUGUUAAAUUGGAUAUUAUCUAGGUGCACAUAAUCAAUGUAUCUAAUGUCCCUAUUGUAAAGAAUGCUUUCUAUUUGAUGAUUUAUUAUGGUGUAGUGCUUGCGAAGAUGGCUAAAUAUUAUAAAACAACGAAUGUGUCUCAUGUGGUUAAAAUUGCAAUAGUUGUGAUGAAUAAGGAUAUUGCAACUAUUGUAAUGGAGACCCUUCAAAAUAUUACCUAACUGUGGAUGGAAAAAAUUGCAGAGAAUGCAAUAUUGAAAAUUGCAUUUAUUGUUUUGAAUAUGUGAUUAUUUCAGGACAAUAUUCUAACACAUUAGAUAUGAAUUUCAAUGUAUUCAAUUUUACUACAACUUAAGUUACUACUGCUUGUGCUCUUUGCAAACCAAACUAUCACUAUAAUCAAGGAACAAACCAAUGUGAAUUGAAGUCAAAUGAUGAUGGUUGUGAAUUUGCACUUAUUUUAGCUUAAACUGCUGAAUAGGUAUGUAUAAUCAGCCUUAAAAAUGAUGAUGCUGUUUAAGUUGCUUCUUGUUCCUCCCUUCAACAUUGCAAAUAAUGUAUUCAUCAAUACAUUGCAAAUGAAUCAUACUGCGUUUAAUGCGAAGAUGGAUACUACUCUGGAGUACUGACUGGACAAUGUCAAUUGUGUAAUAAUAAUUGCAAGACUUGUCUACAAUAGAAUAGCAUUUAUAAAGACUAUUGGAAAUGGAGUGUGAAAGCAUUCUAUAAAUAAUUUAUUAAUGUUAACAGUGAGAAUUCCUUUGAAGAUUAAGGGUAGGCUAAGGCUUAGUCUGAUUUAGAGAUUAUUUGUACAUCCUGCUAAUUAUCUUACAUUCUCUAUGAAUAAUAAUGCAUCAAGGGAUGUGAAUAGAGCUGUAAAUAAUGCGAAAUUAUCGAUGGAAAAGCUACCUGCAUUCAAUGUUAAGAAACUGACUCUGGAUUUCUCAAAAGCAAAGACCUAAAUGGAAAAUGUCUUCAGUGUCCAUCCAAUUGUAUUGCUUGCAUGGAAAGAAACCCACAGGAAAUUUUAGAUAUCAACCCACAUUACAUUUAGAAUGACAAUAACUCAUAAUAUUCCAGAAAAUGUUAUGAAAAGUCAAAAAAGGAGGAUAAGUAUUAUUUUGAUUUCUUAACUUAAACAAUAACAGUUUGUACAAACUACCUACAUUGUUAUAAAAAAUAUAUAGUUUAGUAGCAUGUAUUUUGUGAUUUCAUUUAAUACUCAUAGUUGCUUAAGGAUAAUUAAAAUGAUUAAUUUAAACAAAAGAACAUUUUCUUAGGUGAAUUUUACAAUUCUGAUUAUCUUAAUUCUUUUGAAUCUUAAUUGCUUUAUAAGUAUUUAAACGAAGUUCAAGUAAGAUAUGUGGAAUUCUAAUUUACUAUAAUGCAAGGUAAUCAAAUGGAAUGCAUCUUUGAAGCAGACAUACAAUUUUAUUCACUUUUAUAAUAAAACAUAUUUACAUUAUAAUAGGUUGACAUAACAUUUUAAGGUGGAAUUACCCCUACUAUUGUAUCUAUAUUCAAUGAAAUAUCCUUAAGUAAUUACACUAACGUUACUUUUAAGAAUAUUCAUUUUAACUUUGAUAUGUAUCAGUCUCCGUUUUUCAUCACUUUGUUUAACUUAAGGUUGGAAUUGACUCUGUCCUUCGAAAAUUGUAUUUUUUCUAUGCCAAAAAGAACUUAACAGAACCAUUCUUUAGCAAUAAGAUCUAACAUCCCUUACGUUGUUUUAUUAGAGAAUUUUACAAUUCAAAACUUUUAUGUUUCAUCAUCUGAGAUAUUUACGUUUAUAUCUUUGGAACGUACUCUUAAAUUUUCAAUUUAAGUAAAAAAUUUACAAAUUAAAGAAUCCUAUUUUUAUAAUUCAACUCUAUUUAAAUUUCAGGCUAAUCAUAGUAACUUGCCUUAAGAUUCAUAUGUGAAUUAAAUUUCAGUAACGGAUACAAUAUUCAUCUCUUCCAACUUAAUCACUAGUUAAGGGCUCUUACAUUACACUACUGGAUCAUUAUUAAUUAAGUAAAUAUACCUUUCAAAUGUGCAAAUUAUAGAAAAUUCCUCUUUUUUUCUUUUUUCUCACUUAACAUCACUUUAGAUUAUUAAUUUAACUUUACUUGAUUCAUAAAUAGUCUAAAACUCAAAUUUUAUUUCAUCGAAUAUCAUACAUCUCAAAGAUGGUACCAUUAACAAUACUUAAAUUAAGAAUAGUAGCUUAAUAAAUAAUCAAGUUGAAUAUUCAAAAUCAGAAUUAGCCUUGUAGUCUAGCUCUAAAGCUUAUAUAGAAAAUUAUCGAGUUUUAAACACUCAAUAUGACGACCAACAACAAGUAAUAAAAAUAAUAAAAUAUGUUGAAAUAGCUUAAUUAUAUUUAAAUUUAGUUGAUUUUUCUUUUCUGAAUGGUCAACUAACAACAGAAAUAUUAUAAUAAGAGAUUUCGUAUUAUUCCUCUAUUAUAUAUUUUGAGUGUUAACUGUGUUAUUUAGAAGGCAUAAAAUUAUUCAGAGGACAUGGAUUACCUGAGAUGACUUUGCUAUACUCAGAAUAAUUGGAUAUUAAAAAUUUCAGCAUCUCCUCAAAUUAAAUGUACCUGACUAAAUCUUUGCAUAGUUCAUACGAAUGCACUGAGAAGUUUGCUUACAAAAAUAUGCAUUUUUUCUUGUAUAUAGGUUUCUACUAAAUUGUCAGUAUCAAUUCCUUAGAAGUAUCAGAUAGCUUAAGUAUCAAUAACCCAUUCGUCAUCCUUUAAGGGUAUGAUUUAAUGUAGAGACUAUUGUAAGAAGUUAUAACAGUUUUCAAUGUCAAAUUCUAUUCAAAUUUGCUUUUGAUAACUGGUUCCAAUAAAUAAACAGCUUUACUAUCCAUCAUAUCUUAAUAAAAUUGCUCAAUAACCCUUUAAAAGUUAAACUAUACUGGAAAUCAUCUAAAUGAAUAUUUUCAGGACUAAACAAGAAUAUCGGCAACUACAGCGUUCAUCUAAUUAUAUUAGGGAUAUGUUUAUAUAUCAAACUCUGAUUUCUUUUAAAAUAUAAUUACUAACUCAAGUAAUUCGAUUUUAUAUAUCAAAUCAACAUAGGUGUAAAUAAGUUCAUGUAGAUUUUCAUAUAGCAACGAUAAGAUUUAUGGUUCUCUAAGUCGUCACCUCUUAUAUUAUGAAUAUUAAGAUUUAAGUAAUAUCAAUUUGCUCAGUAUUUUCCCUAUAAAGUCAUUAAGUGGAAAUGGCAUGAUUAUUACCCAGUCAUUAAUUUUUGAUAAGAUAAUUAUAAAUCAAUCCUAUGCUACAACUGGGGGAGCAUUCAAUAUUGUUACUUAAGGGAAAAGUUCAAUAGUAAUUGUAAAUUCAUCCUUUUAAAAUACAUUUAGUUUAUCAGAUACAUCAACAUUCUCGGAAGGUGGAUGUUUAUAUAUCGAUGGUUCUGAAUCAUAAUUAACGAUUGUCAUAAAGAAUACGAUAAUUCAAGAAUCUUUUAGCAGACAUGAUGGAGGAGCAAUUUACAUUUUGCCAUCCAAGAGUUAUAACUGGAUUGAAUUGGAAAAUUUAAGAGUAUCGGAUUGCUUUUCUUUGUAAAACUCCUUCUUCUCUUAUGAUCCUCCAAAUAUAGGAUCGCUGAAUACUCAAAUAAUGUUCAGAAACAUAAACUUCUAUUCAACAAAACAGGGUUUUGACAGAUUCAUUCAAUCCAUAAAUAAGUUCACAGAAAAUGAGGCUUUUUAAGUUGCUUAUUCUAAUCCGUAAAUAUAUAUUCGCUAUGGAUUUAUAAAUAUACUAAAUUGUAGCUUCAUAUCAUCUCAUUUUCAAUAUUUAAUCUAAAUCAAGUAGGCUUAUAAUAUCAGUUUAUAAAACAUAACAAUUUAAAAUAGCACAUUUUUGUUAUCUCCUUUAAUUGAUUUAAGCUUAAAAGAAUGUAAUAUAAUUUGUAAAUUUUAGAAUUUAAUGGCUAAAUUUUAAUAGACAACCUUAAGAUAUUAAAUGUAUAGGAAUCUGAUAAAUCCAUAGGAGGGGAGUGCUUAAAAGUGAAAUCAAGUGCAAGUUCCGAAUUAGAAUGUCCUUUAUCAUUACCUUAAAUAUCUUGGUCAUAUAAACCAACUGAUGAUACCAAAAAAAAGCAGGAAUUAUUAAUUUGCAAUUUAUUAUCUAUCUUAAAAUAUAAACCAACUAAUUUAGGUUUAGUAAUGGUUAAGUCAAUCGAUGGAACUCAUUAACUAAUUUUUAAUAAUAUUAUAUUUUAGAAUGUAAAUUGCAAAACUUGUUAAUAUGGAAUUUUUCAAAUUUUUGAUAUUUAACAACAAAGAUCCCAUUAAAUAGUAUUUUCGUCAAUAACAAUUCAAAAUUGUGUAUGUGGUUAAGCAGGGUGUUUGUCAAUAAUGAAAAAUCCUAGUGAUUUAACCAUUCAUAAUGAAUUAUUUGAGAAUAAUCGAUUUUUAUAAUAGAAUAAACUUGAAUUAAUUGAAUUCUAAUAAAAUUACUAAGUAACUAUUUCAGGUGGGGUAUUUGAAAAUAAUUCUGCCCAUAAUGGUGGUUCAUUAUUUAUUUAGGAGAGUAACAUAUUGAUUCAAAAUAGUUUGUUUUACAAGAAUUCUGCAAAAAUUGGAGGUGCCAUUUAUUAUUUUUCUGAAUAGACUUAAUUAGAUUUUUUUAAAAGCAAAUUCUUAAAUAAUACAGCUUAUAUAGCAGGUGCAGUUUACUUUAAAAAUUAAUCCCUUCAAUUAAUUAAUGAAAAUGAAAUUGAAUUUUCAGAUAACAAUUCAACUUAGUUUGGUAACAAUGUAUUUGAGAAGGCACGUUCGUUGUCAAUAUCAAUUGAUGGUGGCAAAACCAUCUUAAAUAAAGAAUUAAUGAAAUAAAACUCAGACGAAAUCAUCGAAUAAAUAACAGUCACUCCUUACAAAAUUUUAGGAUAUUCAUCCUUAGUGAAUUAUUUAACACUUCCAUCAGGUCGAAGUAUUUCAUCAUAUCAAUACUUCGAUCAAUAUACAAACUCUUUUAUUCCUUAUAACUUAACUUUUCGAAUUAUUGCAUUGGAUAAAUUCAACAAGUAAAAUAAGGGUCUGUAUGAUUCAAGUUGCACUCUAAAACCAAUAACAUUUAAUUUAACUUCAUAAUAAGAAGUCAAAGAAGUUGCUUUUAGUUUGUCUAAAUACCAUGUUUUCUUUGAUAAUUCCACUGGUGACUUUAAUUUAGAUGAUUUAAUUAUCUACUGGAAUCCCAAUUAUGAUUUGGAUUUGGUGUUAAGGAUUUCAAUUUAAUGCCACCAUAUAUCAGUUCCGUUGUAUCUUAAAGAACCACCUUAUUUAAUUUAGGAUUAUAAUACGAACUAUAAGUUGUUAGUAGAUAUUAGAACAUUCUAAUGCUAGAUUGGGGAGUUCUUAAAUAAAACAACAGGAGGCUGCAUACUGUGUGAUAAAUUCUAAAACUAAUACUAACUCACAAGAAAUGCCUAAAAUUGCAGUUUUAAGGAUGAUAUGAAAAUCAGACUGAUAGAGUCUUCAAUGAUUGAAUUGAGACCAACAUAUUGGAGAGCAUAUAACCAUAGUUAAACCAUAGAAUAUUGUUACCACAUGCCAAAAAAUUGCUAAGGAGGAUGGAACCCAGGAGAUAAAUCCUGUUUAAUAGGACAUAUUGGUGCUCUGUGUGAAUAAUGUGAUCUCUAUAAUAGCAGAGGUUAAGGUUCAUUUUAUUUAAGUUCAGCUUAUUCAUGUUUAAAUUGUAAAAUAACUAUUUACAAUAUUCUUUCUAUAAUUUUUGUGAUCUUUUGGACAUUACUGUCAACUUUAAUUUCUGUUUCUAGCACCACAGAAAUGAUUUAAGAAUUUAUAGCAGGACUAAGAUUAAGAUUGUUUGGAGUUAAGUUUCCAAUCAAGCAAAUAUCUUCUGCAAUCCUAAUAAAAGUUCUAACAAAUUACUUAUAAAUCAUAUCUACUCUCCUUAAAUUUUAACUAGAAUUACCACCAGAGCUCUCAGCAAUUAUUAGUAGCUGUUCCAGUCCAAUUGAAUCAAUGGCAUUUUCACUUGAUUGUUACUUAGUUUAAUUUGCUGAUAUAUUGAUCAUAUAUUUCAGAAUAAUCUGGAGCUUUAUCAUGGCUUUGUCCUAUAUAAUUUUAUUUGUAGGCUUAGGAGGGUUGGCAAUAGCAGUUCGGCUAAUCAAUCAUAACUUCUCAUUUUUUACGAUAUCACUUAUAUAUUUGUUCAUUUUUCUACAACCUAGUUUGAUUGGAUAGCUUAUAUCUCUGUUAUCAUAUAGAUAAAUAUCUGAUGAGUUAUGGAUUUCAAGUAAUGUGGCUUAUAGAUAUGAUACGUCCACUCAUCUUAAAUGGAUUAUUGCAUUUGAUAUUCCUUUGUUAAUUAUUCUAUGUAUUACAAUCCCGACAAUUCUUUGGUAUGGAGUUUACAAAAAUAAACAUAACCUCGAUAAGACUAUCACUCGGAAGACAUGGGGCUACUUAUACCAUGAGUAUACUAAAAAUGCCUAUUACUGGGAAACAGUUAAAAUAUUUUAAAAGGAGAUGAUAAUCUUGGUUCGUAUUUAUUAUGAUGAUUUCAUUACUAUCAAAGCCUCAUUAAUUUUUUUAUUGCUCUUUUCUUACAGUCAUUUUGCAAAAUCCAUAAAUCCUUAUAUGACGAAGUAAUUGAAUUAUCUAGAUUAGUAAUCAAUCAUUAUAUGUGCCAUUUCAAUAGUCUUAGCUUGCUCAAUUCAUUCAGCGCAAUAGCAGGAUCUUAAUGAAAUUAUCUGGCCUUUUUAUGUCGUUAUUGGAAGUCUCAAUAGCUUUUAUAUACUUAAACUUGUUAUUUCAAUACUCUUAGCCUAUUUAACAAGGAUAUUUGAUAAAAUAGAUAAUGUGAAAUAAAAAAUAUAUAGUAUCCUACCUGUUAAAUUUCGUACUCAUCCUAAAAUUUAGAAGAUAUUAGAAACUCGUUAAAAUUAAUUAAGCAGAAUCCAAAAAAGAUUUAGAAUUCUAAAAGAAUACUUAUUAGCUGUCUCAAGAGACAAUCUAAAAGUAAGAAAGUAAACAAAUUAUAAUAAUUUUAAGGUCUAAAUAAGAAUAAUUUAAUCAGAGAGAAAGCAGCUAAUAGCUUCAUAAAAUGAUUUUAUAGUACUCCUUAAAAGGUAAUUCUAAGUUUUCUGACCAUAAUAGAAGGUAAAGCUAAAUCUAAACAAAUCAAAACUUUUCAAGAAUUUCUUUAAAACCUGAAGAGGACCAUGAGAAUUAAUUUUGGAGGACUUAGACAUAAAGACAAGAAUCACAGAUUCUUUGAUAGUUUUUUGAUUAUUUAAUAUAC